GGUGACAUGACGUCACCCUGACCUCUAACACACCGAACUCUGCCUCGCGGGCAGAGUAGAACGCAAACCAGCGAUGUUUGUCCCUCUGUUAGGAUUGUUAAAGCCUCUCGCCCCUCUCGCCAGAGUCGCCUCCUCGUCCGCGAGGUGUUGUCUACUGCCGAGGCCGUUGUUGCCGUCCUCAUCGCGGCGUUUCAACUCGAACCGAGCGUCCGUGGUGCGAACGGCGAGGAACGUGUAUCCGCGGCCGUACACGCUGCUGCUGGCUCGACCGGACGGCUCCACUGUACGGAUCCGCUACACGGAGCCCAAGAAAAUCAUUAUGCUUCCCGUGGACCUGGACGCGCUGAGCGAGGAGGAGAAGCUGGCGCGACUGCGGGCACGCGGAGGCCGUAAGGAACGGCCAAAGUCGAGCGCAGAGGACGACCUGGGCGAUGAGCUCCACACGGACACCUACAGCAAGUUCUGGAGGAAGAAGUGACGCUGGCGGCCCCGGG